AUGCAAUAUAUUAUUCACGACCCACACAACUGCAUUGGACCUCAGUUCCAUUACAAAUCCAUCCUACGACGAAGGGACGGAACUAUCCCCACAGACACAUUGAUCGCUCGAAAUAUAGCAGCCAAUUCUGUGCCAUCUGGCAUCGAUGGCGCCGUUAACUUAGCUCAGCACUCGCAGAGGGACGGUUUACCAUUGGUGACUAAUGGUCACGGCGGGCCCGCAUCAAAUCGCUCGGCGUCAGUGAAGGUCAAGCAAAGGGGUGAAGAGGGCUUUCACAAGGUAGAAAUGACAAAAGGUAGAAAGUUUCUCACACCAAGACGUGAUCCACCGCUUAGUCGCGUCCGUCAUGGACUAAAACUGAGGGCGGCCAGUACGGUUUUUUCAAGCCCACUGCGCAAACUGCGAACUGCUACUGCAUCUUUGAGCGAAGGAGAGUCGGGCUUCGCAACGGCUCUGGACGAAUUAACUGUAAAGCCUAUUCACGUGGUCCGAUUGCGGGACGUGGAUGGACAAGUGCUUGACGUGCAAUGUGACUCUGUCGGGGACUCGCCCAUAGCGUCACUUAUACCUGGAGGUGGCGUAAAUGAUGGGAGCUGUUUCACUUUACAUCUUCUUUACGAUGGCGCGCCACCUCUCACAAGUUCAGCUGCCACGACCCCCACAAGACAUCUAGCAGGUGCAAGUGCUGCCUUCUCCCGCUGGUAUCGGUACUCCACAGCCGCAACUCUGUACCUUGCGUUGGUGGAUGCGGGAUUUUGUGACAGGUUCGUCCCCCUUCUGUCGGUUCAAUGGAUUCACUGGAAGGAGCUGCUGCAGCACCAGGUGCACCUUCGGUUGGACCUGAUGUCCAAUCCACCAACGCGACACAUGUGCUUUCCGUGUCUCGGAAACGGUAAGAAUGAAAAGGUACCGGUCGCUGUGUCCUUACCGAUGACAAUGAAGGGUAAGCUGCGGCGUAUCUACAACUGCGGAGUCCCACCAUCCAUUUGCUCUAGCCCAUUUACAGACGCUGAGGUAUUCCAACUAUUUUAUAUCCAACUUAUAUUCCGGGCCGCUUAUGAUGUUGUAUUUAGCGACAUGAUGCUGGGCGACGAUGACGACAUCCUUCGGACUGAUCGUAUAGCUGUGCAGACGAGCGGAAGGCAACCGCUGGCGUUUGAACAUCCAGUUAUGGUAGACAAGUGGCUGAUGUUUCCUCCAAGGUCAAAGAUAUUAUACUUCACCUGUUUUGACCAUGCCGUCAUUCCCCACUUCACCUCCCCUGCUCGUUGGCGCCAAGUAAAGAAGCAGCGUUUGUUUGGUGCGUCACCGCGGCUGCAGUGUCAGGGUACCUUGGGGAAACAUGUUGUGACAGAGUGGGCUAUGCAUCGCAACGUCGACGAUCCGAAGGAUGCACUCGCUGCACUGGAGGAGCUAUUUGGACUUUUUGAACCAUCCUUUGGUGUUGGUCGAGCCUCUGUGUGGCAGUCUGCCAUCCCCCCACGUAUUUACCGUUGCAGCGUAAGUGCUUUCGAACGUCUGCGGGCAAAUAAUAGUGAUUUGGGACCUCUCCUUGUGUGUGCAUCUUGUCCCACAGAGUCGGUGUCUCCAAAUAAAAGUAAACCCAGAGAGGAGAAGGAACCAGGGGCUGAGCCUCCAGGUGUGCAGGAACCAGGGGAAGAAGAGUCUGUAAUACAGCGCUGGAGGCAGUACUUGAAAUGCGGCGAUGUGACAACAUUUGAGGGCCCGGUGGACUCAAUUAAAAUUGUGCGCUACCUCGGGAGCGGCGGAAGCAGCCUGGUGUAUGAAGGCAGGUAUGGCCCAAACAGCAUUCCUGUGGCAGUUAAAUGCUUCAUUAUCCCAUGUGAUAUGUCCCACGAAGACUACGUUAAGGAAUCACUGACGAGCGUAGCGUUUCUUCUCUUUUUCAAUCAGAUGGAAAAGUACGGUAUUGGGAAAUAUAUUCAUAUGUAUGAUUUUGUGAUUAGCUCCGUGCCUCCCAGCAAUAUGUCGAUAGAGGAUCUCAAAACAUGUACACGAGUGUCAGAUCCCGCCGGUGAGUGGCCGAAACUCUGUUAUCUCGCAACCACUCUGAUGGAUGGCGUUAUUGGUAGAUUUCUCACAGAGGAGGACGACGACUUCGAUCCCUGCUACGACACCCUUGUAAACUCUCCACUGUGUGACGGGGAAAUCUUUCAGUUUUUGUAUAUGCAACUCGUGUUGCGCGCACUGUUCGACUGCACAAUACUAGAUUUGAUGUUAAAUGGACAACUUCGUGGGGAUAAUCUUGGCUUCGCUCACCUUCGUCGUACCGACACCGACGGAACCUUGAUGCAAUCGUUCAAGGGUUUGUUCGCCAUUUUUCAACCGGAUAACGAUACGAAGCCCCAAUAUUUGUGUUUCCCGGCGAGCACCAACCCCGCCGCAGGCGCGAAAACUUCCUUACGUCUUAUCAACUUCAUCGAUUUUGGACAAGGGAAGCAGCCAGAUCUGCAGGAGCUAACACGACGUGGUCUCAUUGGUGAAACCAUUGUUGAAUCGUGUAUUCAAGAUGAUGGAUUUGGCCGUUAUUGGCCACUCGACCGCCUUUAUUGUCAAUAUGUCGAUACUAGCGGCAGUGUUGCUCGUCAGGCAGUUGAUUGGGGAGCUCACGUAAGUGUUGGCACUCCUGAAGCCUCCGAAGCUGCAGUGAAGGCGCUGUUUGACAUAUUUGUUCCGGCAUAUGGCGUAGACGCCCCAACGGAGGAGGAGCUUGAAGGACACAUCAUCUUCCGCUGGACACCCGAAAAUGUGGAAAAAUUGCGUCGUAGCAGUAGUGAAUUGGUCAUUCCUCCCAUUGAGUAA